CAGGAGGCCUCGGAGAUGCCGCGGUCCAUCCAAAUCCUGGACUUUUACGAUAAAGGAACCAGGAGCCGAGUCGGCACAGCCUAUUAUGCUGCUGGAUUGGACGUCAACGGCACCGGCUCUGGGAAAGGGGGACCAUUAUCCGGGGACCACAGCGCCGAUGGAUUGCAGGUCACCCCGCGAGGUGGGAUGUCGUCAGGAAGUGAGAUUUCCCCUGUGAGCGGGACGCCUUCCAGUAGGGAACUGUCCUCGGGGAUCGACUAUGACUAUGCCGAAGAGUAUGACAACGAACCGCAAAUACCUGGCUAUAUCGUAGAUGAUUCCGUCAGAGUUGAACAGGUAGUUAAGCCCAUGAAAAACAAAACAGAAAGUGAAAAGACUUCAGAUAAACCCAAAAGAAAGAAAAAAGGUGGAAAAAGUGGAAAAAAUAGAAGAAACAGGAAGAAGAAGAAUCCCUGUGAUGCAGAAUUCCAAAAUUUCUGUAUUCAUGGAGAAUGCAAAUAUAUAGAGCAUCUGGAAGCUGUAACAUGCCAAUGUCAUCAGGAUUAUUUUGGUGAACGAUGUGGGGAAAAGUCCAUGAAGACUCACAGCAUGGUGGACAGUGAUUUAUCAAAAAUUGCUUUAGCAGCCAUAGCUGCCUUUGUGUCUGCAGUGAGUUUCACGGCUAUUGCUGUUGUUAUUACAAUCCAGCUUCGAAAACGAUACUUCAGGGAAUAUGAAGGAGAAGCUGAAGAACGAAAGAAACUUCGACAAGAAAAUGGAAAUGCGCAUGCCAUAGCAUAACUGAAGAUAAUGUUACAGGUUUGAGUUUUAAAAGGGUAUCGGAUCAGAGUCAUUGCCGGGUCACAACCUUGAGUGAUGAGUUGGUUCCUCUUUUCGGUGGAUCAUAAGAAAACAGAACCUUUUUGUUCUGAUGGUUUUAAACUUUCAAUUGUUGCUUUUUAUGCUAAGUCUUAUUUCUGUACAUAAAGAUGCAUGGAGAUAAAAAGUAUUUUUUCAAGUUGUAAA